GGAGGAACUGCCUGAUCGCUACCAGGUUUGGGUAAAGCUUGCAAAAAAUCUGCCCACUCUGGUGGAGGAAGGUCAAUUUCGGGAAGAAGCUGAGCAGCUGCCAGAACUUAGUAUUGAUGAACUCCAAGGAUAUAAGGAACAACGCCUCGCACAUCUAGCACUGUCAGUCAUCACUAUGGGCUACGUAUGGCAAGAUAGAAAUGUCAAAGAGGUGCUGCCCAGGAAUAUUGCUGUCCCUUUCUGGAAUCUCUCAGAGAAACUUGGCUUACCUCCAAUAAUGGUGUAUGCAGACUGUGUUUUGGCAAACUGGAAGAAAAAGGAUCCCUUAGGGUCUAUGACUUAUGACAACAUGGACACUCUAUUUGCAUUUCCUGGUGGGGAUUGCAGCAAAGGAUUCUUCCUAGUUUCUUUACUGGUUGAAAAAGCAGCUGCUUCUGCAAUGAAGGUAAUUCCAGAUAUAUUUGAAGCAGUCAAAAAAAAGAAUUCGGAGUCCCUCAAAGAAAGUCUCCAAUCUGUGGCCUCCUCUGUUUAUGAGGCAUAUAAAACAUUCCAACUUGUUCAUGAACAUGUGAAUCCCAAUGACUUUUUCAAUAUUCUUCGUGUCUACUUGGCUGGCUGGAAGAAUUGCUCAUUGUUGCCAAAGGGCCUGAUAUAUGAAGGGGUGUCAGAGAUACCCAAGGAGUUUGCUGGGGGAAGUGCUGCCCAAAGUAGCAUCAUGCAGUGUUUUGAUGCUCUGCUGGGGAUCCAACAUACCACUGAAAAUGAUGAAAAGAGUGCUAAAUACCUUGAGGAAAUGAGGAACUACAUGCCAUCACCUCACAAGAUAUUUCUUGAGGCAGUUGCCUCUCACUCAUCUGUUAGAGAUUUUGUCAGCUCCAGUGAUGAUAUUCAGCUGAAGAAGGCCUAUAAUGAAUGUGUAAAGGCUCUAGUUCAUAUCAGAAACUAUCAUCUUCAAGUGGUGAACAAGUAUAUCAUAAGUCCAUCAAGUAAACAAGACAGUGAAAAAGGACAGAAAUCAUCAGAUGAUGAGGUGAAAGGAACAGGUGGCACAAACCUUUUGAUUUUCCUUAGGUCUGUAAGGGACACAACCAAGCGAGCUCUUUUGGAAGAGAGCUAAUAGAAAACAAUGUUAUUAUUCCUCAAUCAAUGAGCACUUAUUAGACUUAUAUUAUGUUUUGAGGCUUUUGGCUAAGCAUACUGCACAACAACAAAAAAAUCUUUGCUCUUAAUAAUAUUACAUUCUACUUGUUAAUUAUGCAGUUAAUAGUCUUCUCUCAGUCAAUCCAUCAAUUGCUCAAUGAGUGAGCACUUGACUAUGUAUGAGGUGAUAAAUUCAGGGAAUGCAGAAAUGUUUUUGAAAAAGAAACUUUCUUGCCUUCAGGGAGCUUACAUUACAUAUUGAGAUUACAUGGGAAAAUCUAGUUCUGUGAAUUCUAAGGAAUUGGAUGUCUUCCUUCAGUGAUCACAAGGGUGUUUGUUAGACAAGGAAAAAAUGCUUUGUUUUGAAUGGCACUGAUAUUAUGUUGUCAAUGUAUUUACAUUAUGAUGUACUCGUAAAAUUAAUAAA